GCAGGCCUGCUUAGAGCAGAUGGUGCUGCGUAAGGGACAGUUCCUUUCUAAUGGGUCCCUGAUACAGCUUACUGACAAGUGGGCUAAAUGGAGGAGCAGGACAGGAGCUGCUCUCCAUCACGCAGAACCAGCAGGGUGGAGCAGGUGGUGGGACGCUGGCUACGUCGCUCCAAAGACUCCACCAGCAGAGAGCGUGUGCUUGAAGAUGGAUGUACAGGGGACACAGGCGCUCAGGAUCAGAGAAGUCACCCUGUCAGAGUGACCGUCCAAGUCCCGUUUGACCCUGCCCUCGACUCACAUGGCUUCACUGUGUCUGCACACACCCCACCCCAAGUGCAGGAGGUUUCUGCAGAUGGACCUGCAGACAGCAGACUUUUACCUGGUGAUCAGCUUAUCAAAAUCAACAACAUUGCAGUUGACGACCUGUCUGCAGAGCAGACUACUGACAUCAUCAGGGAGUGCCAGGAAUCUAUAACAAUGACAGUGCUCAGAAUAACAGUGGGGCCAAAGUCAUCCUUCAUCACCCCAGAGAAGAGAGCUAAGCUCAGGUCCAACCCCGUCAAGGUGCGCUUUGCUGAGGAGGUGGUCGUUGGUAGCCACGCACAGGGUAACUCUCUACUGUUCCUGCCCAACGUCCUGAAGGUCUAUUUAGAGAACGGCCAGACCAAAGCUUUCAAAUUUGAACCCAAAACCACAGUAAAGGACAUACUGAUGACUCUGAAAGAGAAACUGUCCAUAUCUCGCAUUGAGCACUUCUCCCUCAUGCUUGAGCAACAGUACAGCAUCACCAAACUCUUUCUGCUACAUGAAGAGGAACUGAUUCAAGAGGUGGUCCAGAAGGAGGAGUCUCAUGACUACCGCUGCCUGUUCCGGAUCUGUUUUAUUCCCAAAGAACCAGAACACAUGCUGACAGAAGACCCUGUCUCCUUUGAAUACCUCUACCUGCAGAGUGUAAGUGAUGUCCUGCAGGAGAGGUUUGCUGUGGAGAUGAAGUGUAACACUGCUCUCAGACUAGCUGCUCUGCACAUACAAGAGAGACUAGCCAGCACAGGGCAGAUCAGCAAAACCCCCCUAAAGUCCGUCAUGAAGAACUGGGGCAUAGAGAGCUUUGUGUCAAGCACUCUACUGAGAAACAUGAGAGAGAAGGACCUGAGAAAGGCAAUUAGUUACCACAUGAAGAAGAACCUUAUACAGGAACCAAAGAACAAGGUGAUGACAGUAAACCAAGCCAGGUUAAACUACCUGACUGAGAUGGCUGAACUCAAGUCUUACGGGGGCAAAUCCUUCACUGCCACCAUGAUGUUGCAGGACCGGGAGUCUAUGGUGAGUCUGUUGGUGGGGGCACAAUACGGAGUGAGUCAUGUGAUAAAUCACAAGAUGAGCAUCAUGGCCACGCUGACCGACUUCCAGAGCAUCAGUAGAGUAGAACUUCUUCCAGAAUCAGAGCAUGUUAGCCUCGUCAAGAUCUACAUGCAGGACAUAAAGCCCAUUACUCUGUUAUUGGAAUCAGUGGCUGCUAAGGACUUGUCGUGUCUCGUGGCUGGUUACUGUAAACUGCUGGUAGAUCCCCAAAUCUGUGUGUUCCCCUGGACACCCCAGUCUAAGAGCCACCGCAUAUCAGCAGAGGAAGGUUAUGUAUCACGAUGCGGCAGCGAUUCCGAAGACUCUGACACAGAUGUGAAUGCCCUGCUCUCUCGGGAUUCUGGUGCUACCCAGACUAAUCAACAGGUGGCAGCAGUCAGUUUAGCAGCUGUAGGGCAGGUAGAAAAAAAUGCCAAGGAAGAAAAUGAACUGGAGAAAGCCAAGAAUGAAAAAAUAGGGCAGAAUGAAACAGCUGAUGCAGAGAAAGUAACUCUAGAGGAACUGACUGAGUUCUUGCAUGCAAGUGAAGGAGAGACGUACGUAAAAACCGAUGAAGAAAAAGACAACGUGGAAAAGGAGGAUGAAGAAAAACAGGAGAAGGAGGUGGAGCCACCAUGCGUAAUCACCAUGGACGACCAAUCAUCCGAGGCGUCAGACUCAUGCCAUACAGAAUCCCGUUUCCUAACGAGCAUGUCCAGUGACUCCAUUGAUGCCUUGGAGGAGGAUGACUAUCUGACCUUCAGCCACCCAAGCCAGCUGCACGUAGGAAGUCACUGCUUUCAGUCGGAUUCUUCCCUGUCGUUGCCAAGUCCAGGAGAGCCAUACUGUCAGGAUGCCGAUUUUCAUGGUGAGCUGAGUUCUACUGAUUUCCAAGGAAACGACGACCUAUUCGAAUGUUUUGCUGCCCUGUCCAGCAUUGCGGAGUAUCUGCCCAGUCCCCCUCAAGCCAGUGAGGAUGAGGAUUGUGAAAAGGAGGUAGGUGAGGAUGAAGAACAAAGAGCGGAGGUGUUUGAGGAAGCUUCUGGAAGUGACCCACCGCUUCAAGGAGAUUAUGUGUUUACAUUUGAGCAAGGCGACGCCCGAUGCUACUACAACAUCUGCGCCAACGUGACACCUGACAGUGCUCACAGCCUCCCCAGAACACAAUUGUCUCCCAGCACUCAGGACAAAAAGGGUGAAUCUGGAAGAGAGGAAGCCAAGGACACCAGGUCCAUUCUAAUCCUGCAGCCUCCACCAGGUUUUGGAGAUAGUAGCUCAGAUGAUGAGUUUUUUGAUGCCCAGGACAGAUUCACAACUCCUGAGGAGCCUUCGUCAACAGCCAAUAUGACAGACAAUUCUACAGAAUCAAGCAGCAUAAAGAACCAACAGAACCUAAGUGACAUCAGGAUUGGUCUGGGAGAGAAGACAGACGAGAAGGAAGGCGAACUACAGGACCAGAUGGAAAACAAACUUUCUAGGCUCCACAAUAGAUGCAGAAAACGUCGUUCCUUCAUGGAAACAGAUUACACCUCAUUAGUAUCGUUCCCAGAAAAAGAUCAAACAAAAGAUUGCAACCGAGUCCCCAAUCAUGGCUUGGGAUGCCACAGCCAUGUUGAGAGUCUGAUCUCAUGUUUUGAGGGUGGUUUAUCAGAUCAAGGCUCUUGUCCCACAGUCUCAUCCCUAACCAGUACUGAAGGGGAGCCUGUACAGCUGGAGUCCAAACCAAUUACACCACCCAAACCGAGUGGACCUGGAACCCACCAUCUCCUGGAUAGUACGGCUAGUCAGCGAAAACAGCAGGUUAUCUUGAUGGAACCAGAUUCCAUGGAGUUUAAAUCCGUCAAUGAACUAAUGUCCACUGCCUCGACUGCUAUUGUAGCAGUCUGCACCCAUUCCGAGGUUAAAGCCAUAGAAAGCAACAUCUGCAGUCCUGAUGCAGAAGAAGGUGCAGUGGGUGGGCUGUUUAAAGAGUCGCUUACUGGUCACUUGUUCUUUGCCACAUCUAAGCAAGAGGAGUGUGAUAUCACUUCACCAGUAAAGACUAAUGACCAACAAUGUCUCACAGAAGAUCUCUCCCGGGAUUCUUCAGAUGACCAAAAAAGUUGCUCACUCCAGCAACCAACACAAGUACCUCAGUCUAACGUUCAAGUUGCGACCAUAUGCUACACUUCAAACCCCAACACACAAAAGUAUGAUAGGGGUAAAGGAAGUCUGGAAAUUGGCUCUGGAAAAGUCCCAGCAGAACCAAGACUGAGAAGCAGGAUCCAGAGCUUGUCUGCUGCAGUUGAGAGGACUUCACCUUUUUUACCUCAAAGGCACCUGUUUUCUCAGAGGGAACCUCUUAUCCACACAAAAACACCAGUAUCCAAUAACACUACCAAAUCUAGCAUAGCAUCCAUCCAAGAACUGUCCUAUGGUGUCCCAUCUGUGGAGCCUGUCCAGGCGUACCUACUUACACCAUAUUCAUCAGGCAUCCUUGGCCGCCUGUCGGCUUCAACACUGCGGGGAAAGAUCCAGAAAUUACCCUUCUAUCUGUCAUGCUCCCAGGAAGUGCUAACUGGUAAUGUUAGCGUUGGUGGUAAUACUACAACAGCAAAGAGGUUGUCUGAGACGCAACCAAAUAUAAACAAAUUUGAGGUUGCAAAAGAAGCAACAGAGGAUGUGACAACAACUGACUUGACCUCUGAGGUUCUUGAUAGUAUAAUAUCCGAGAAGGUCACAGAGGUGACUGAAGAGGUCAGAGGAAUAAGCCAAGCUAAUCCUCAAUUGCAGGAAGGGCAGAAGGAAAAAAGGGAACCCCAAGAACCUUCUCAACCACCAAAGUCUCCUUCAUUCUUGAAACCAGUUUCUUCCAUCAAGAUCAACCCCUCAUCAAAACUUGUUACUACAAAAAACCUCAAUGGACUGUGGGGUGUGGUGACGUCACACGAGAUUGCUGAAUUGCAAGGAGAAAGCAGCCCCGUUCAGAGCUCUGGCUAUGUGGCUAUUUUCACAAACUCUGAAUCCAAGCCUACGUGUACCCAGCCUCAUGGCCUACCUAGCCCAUGUACUCAUGAGAAGACUAAAUUUACCUGCAGUUCAGCCCUUGCCAUGGGGUGUGAGACGGUUCUGGAGGGUGCUCACACACCCAUGGAGGUCUGUGGAUGCCAAGCAGUAUACACUAAUUGCUUCAGUGGUGCCCUGAACAGUGACAGCUUUGACGAUGAGCUGACUGUCUAUGAAUUUUCCUGCAGGACACAGCAAAGUGAGAACGUCCAUGCGGCGUUAAUGACAUCUGCCCCUCAUUCAUCACUGUCUGGUUCCCCUUCCUUUUCCCCAUCCUCCCCCCUUCCCUGCUUCCCUGGAAUGGUACUUCCAUCAUCCUCAUCUGUGGACCUAGGCCCACCUCUGUCGCCCCUUGACGGCCCGGACUGCUUCAUCUCAUACCCUCACGAGGAUGCUAUCGUCGCGUUAUUGGCCCGGCGUUACCCAUUACCACCCAUGGGCUUCCUGGAGCUGCAGAGAGAUGUUGAUACACUGUUAACAGUCCUGACUGCUGCCACGAAGGACCAAGAUGGCAUGCAGGAGCACCCCAGAGAAACAUGUGCAGAACACUUUUCAGAAAACAAGCACAGGCUGCAUGUGGAGGCACGGGGGCUCUUAGCUGGCUGCCAGCAGGUGGUGAGGAUCGGACAGACCCCGACUGAGACACUGCAAACGUUAUCCGAGAGCUUUAACUCGCUGGUGCAGUUGACCAGCGUGUGUCUGAGUUUCUCCAGUUGUCAGAGGUGCCAACAGCGGCACGUCCAUGCCCUGGCAGGGCUCGCAGGUGUGGCACAGUCUUAUCGGGAGUUUGCACAGGCAGCCGAGCAUGUGGGCACUGCCACAGGGAAGAGGACUUGCCAAGAUCUCAGUGUUAAGCUCCUGGCCCGCAAGUGCACCACACUCACAACUUCAGUCUUUUGCCUCACACAGCUCUUCCGCACACUCACUGCCCUCUGACCUCUGACCUCUGACCUAUACCUAAUGGAACUCUAACUAGGAGUGUUUCUUAUGGACAUCUGAGCCUAAGGCAACAACUCCUCAUAUAUGUAUGGAAUACUGCCAAAUCUGAACUAGGAGAUUGUACAAGUAAACUAAUUAAGCUAUUAUAUGGAGGUUAAUGGACUUUUGCCAGGGUAACCUAACAAGAGCAUCCAAAGAGGCAUACACA